AUGGCGAUGCUAUAGCGGUCUCUCUCCUUUCUUUGUCCGGGUGGUCCAGGACAGGGCAUGGGUCAGUAGUGUGGGCUGCGGCUUGACAGGUUGCGCUCUCUGGCGGCCUGAAUGAAGGAGCUGGACAGCCUUUGUCUCGUGGAGAUUCUUGGUGGCAUAAGAUAUGGGAAAGAAAGAGGAUGGGGCAUGGCCCUGUAUUUGUACUCUCUUUAUGGGCGGCUUCUCCUGCCGCGGUGUGGUUGUGAAGUUGUCUGCCACCCAGAGGAUUGCCGCAUUCGGAAGCAUCCCAGGACAUCCAGUCCGGCGGGAACACGCCUUGGGCAGCAGGCAUGGAACAUGGGCUCUCUGGUUGAGGGCAGAAGGCCAUUUGGACGAGGAGCUAGCACCAAAAACCUGGGGCCGGAGCAUGGACCGACAUGGCCCCUGGGCCGUGGUCGUUGCCCAGGCCAUGAUACGCCCUGCUCCUCCUAUCUUGGCUCGGGUGCACAUCCAGUAGCUGUCGGGACAGAACAGUACGAAAAACGAGGCUGCUGCGGCAGCGUCAAUUUUGGCGCGCUCCAGCAGGAGAAAGACAUGGAUGGUGCAUAUAUAUCAUCCAUGACUCUGAUGCAGCCCAGAGCAAUCUUGUCCCCAUCCCAUCCCCUCAUCCAUCACCUUUCUGCCUCAACCGCCAACCCCCCCCCUUGUGCUCCUCCACCUGUUCGUGCAGAGAUCCGAACUGUGCGGCUAUCCCGUCUUCUCGAAUAAUGGCACAGGCUGGAUUGAGAGGCGGAUCCAAAGUGCAAAUGUGUCGCAGAUUCAAGGUACCACCGAGUGUUGGCUGGAAUGUGGCCGGCAAGUCCCGGAAACGGUCUCGCGAGCUGGCAUCCGGCCGGUGCUGGCUGACUACCCAAGCUCACUUGGAGACGGCUUGCGUUCCUUUGAUG